UUUUGUGCAGGAGCUGCCGGCGUUGCAAACAUGAGCGACACGUUUGUGCUAAAAAGUAGAAGGUGUACGUUGGAGAAGGCAGAAAAAUUCAUAUCAGAUGCUUACUUUACAGAUGUUAACCUGCGGGGAAGGCUGUAUCCAGAUAAACACCCAGUCACGGCUAUUUACCACUGUGCAGUUGAAGACAGGAUCCCAUACCAAGAAGCAAUCACCAAAGAGUUCACCAAAACAGAAAUUGGAAAAACGUUCGGGCCAACAUGGUCAACCCAUUGGUUCAGAAUUGAGUUCAGUAUUCCUGAAGACUGGGUCGACAAAGAAGUGAGGUUAGCUUGGAAUUCAAACUCGGAGGCAUUGGUAUGGCUUGAUGGAAGCCCUAUCCAUGGACUAAACAAAGACAACCACAAACAUGUGGAUGUAUCGUCACAGCAAGCUGGGCUCAAGCAGACUGUGUUCAUUGAAAUGGCUUGUAAUACUAUGUUUGGAGCCGGUUCCGGACUAAUAGGGCCUCCCAACCCCGAUAUGACCUUUGCCCUCAAUCAGGUGGAACUGGUGACCUUUGACCGGGUGGUGUUUGAGCUCAUCCAUGACAUAGAAACACUUGUGGAAUUGGCAACGCAUAUCCCAGAAACGGACCAGCGUAGUUUCCAAUCCUUGUACACAGUGAAUUCAAUAGUCAACGCUUGUACAGUGGGUGACCGUGAGUCUUACAAACUCGCUGGUCAAAUUGCCAGAAAGUUCUUCAGUGAAACCCCGGGUUCAUCUAGUCAUACUGUGCAUGCUAUGGGACAUGCUCAUAUUGACUCUGCGUGGCUAUGGCCGUAUGCUGAGACGAUACGCAAGUGUGCAAGAUCCUGGUCAACCACCCUGCAACUCAUGGACAGAUUUCCUGAUUUCAAGUUUGUUUGCUCUCAGGCACAGCAGUACGAUUGGGUAAAACUGCAUUACCCUCGUAUGUUUGAGAAGAUUCAGAAGAACUCCGCAAAGAAGGAACAGUUCAUUCCAGUCGGAGGGGUGUGGGUAGAGAUGGACGGGAAUCUCCCAAGUGGUGAAUCAUUUGUCAGGCAGUUCUUAUACGGCCAGCGAUUCUUUCUGAGGGAGUUUAAGUCAAAAUGCAACGUGUUUUGGUUGCCAGACACCUUUGGCUACUCAGCCCAGCUUCCUCAGAUCAUACGGGAGGCCGGCAUCAAGUAUUUUGUGACGCAGAAGCUCAGCUGGAGUCUUGUCAACAAAUUCCCGCAUUCUACAUUUUGGUGGGAGGGGAUCGAUGGCUCUCGUUGCCUGACACAUUUUCCCCCGGCAAAUGAUUAUGGGACUUCAGCAAAAGUCAAAGAUGUUCUUAAGACAGUUACUGAGAACAAAGACAAGGGUCGUGUUAAUCAUUCCAUGCUGCUCUUUGGAUAUGGAGACGGUGGGGGAGGGCCUAGUGAAGAAAUGUUGACAAGACUGGAAAGAAUGAAGAAUGUUGACGGACUUCCAAGGGUCAAGCAAUCCUCACCACAGGCGUUCUUUGAGUCUGUAGAGCGGGAUGGAACAGCCAACAUGUGUACAUGGAUAGGAGAGUUAUAUCUGGAGCUCCAUCAAGGAACAUUCACAACCCAAGCAAAGAUAAAGAAAUACAAUCGCAAGAUGGAGUUUCUACUCCGGAAUGUAGAGCUGGCUCAGUCAAUCCUCCUGGCUAGAUCUGGCCAAAGAGGGCGCUACCCGCGCAGCCAGCUGCAGCGACUUUGGCAAGGUCUUCUGUUGAACCAGUUCCACGACGUCUUACCGGGAUCUUGCAUCAAGCAGGUUGUUGAUGAUGCAAUCGGUAUCUAUGAGGACAUUGACAAAACAGCUUCAGAGCUUCUUGAUCAGGGGUUGAAUGCACUGGUCCAACCAGCAGAACAGAGAGGGCAGUAUUGCAUCUUGAAUCCGCACUCAUGGUGGCAGCAUCAGGUGAUAACUCUCCCUGAAGUCCAUGAAGAUGACAUCACACCCAAGCAAGCCAAGAUGCAGAAACAUGAAGCAGUCACCAAGGAUCACUCGGGCAAAACUCUGGUUCUUGUUGCAGUACCUCCCAUGAGCCUUUCAUCAUCUGCAGAGACAAUGAUGUCAGAUGUUAAACCUGUUCAUAUUGAACCCUGUGAGGGCGCUUUCAAACUUGAGAAUGAACAUCUAGUUGCGUUGAUCGACAACCUUGGACGGGUUGUAAGUCUGAAGCACAAAGAAACUGACAGAGAGGCAUUCAAGACUAACACACAAGGCAGUGUCUACGGGAACCAGUUUGUAAUCUUUGAUGAUAUUCCACUGUUCUGGGAUGCCUGGGAUGUGAUGGAUUACCAUUUAGAGACAAGAAAGCCAAUUACAAAGAUGAGGUCACAAGCGAGGAUUCUUGACAGCAGCCAAUUGCGAUGCUCGAUGGAGAUGAAGCUAAGCAUUAGUGAUAGUAGCUGGAUAUAUCAAGUGAUUUCAUUGGACAGUGGAAGUCCAUACCUUAGAUUCACGACAGAGGUUCACUGGAAUGAAAACCACAAGUUCUUGAAAGUUGAGUUUCCGCUGAAUGUGCGCUCUACUAACGCUACAUAUGAAAUUCAGUUCGGUCAUCUCCAACGACCCACGCACUUCAACACCUCAUGGGACUCGGCUAGAUAUGAGGUUGUAGGCCACAAAUGGGCUGAUCUUUCGGAGCAUGGCUUUGGUGUGGCCCUCCUCAACGAUUCUAAGUAUGGUCACAGUUGCCAUGAUAACAUCAUGCGUUUAUCUCUAUUGAGGUCAUCUAAGAGUCCUGACCCAACAGCAGAUAUGGGAAAGCAUCACUUCACUUAUGCAAUAAUGCCACACAAAGGAAGCUUUCAGGAGAGUCAUGUGAUCCAGCAUGCCUACAGCCUGAACAAUUCCCUGGUUGUAUUCCCUGGCACCCUGAUGUCGCAGGCAGACUCUUAUUUCACCAUUGACAAUCCAGCAGUUGUUAUUGACACAAUCAAACUGGCAGAGGAUCAUGAUGAUGUGCUAGUGAUGAGGUUGUUUGAAGCGUAUGGUGGCCAGGCUACAACAAAGAUACAUAGUAGUCUGCCAGUACAAAGAGCGGGCAGAUGCAAUAUACUUGAAGAAGCAACGUCAGACAACUCUCUCAAUGGAAACAUCGUCCAAUGGAAGGAUGGAUUCAUCAAGAUCACCCUGACUCCAUUCCAAAUCGUCUCUCUGUUUCUGUACCUAAGAUAAGACAUCUGAGAUGCUGGACACUUUCAAAAUGGUGAUUUCUGAUCGGCCUGGUACAACAUUGAUUCAAACCCCCUCAACUGAUAAACUGAAAUACUUUUCCGAAGUAAUACAAUGGAUGAAUGCAAUCUCUAUUUACUGGUUGACAUUGAUGAUACAUGUAGUUGACACAUACUGUCUGGACAACAAAAUUGGCAAAGUUCGGAAACGUUUUUUUUGUUAUAUAUUGGUAGAUCAGAAUGGACCUAAGAAAGAAACAGAGCAAGAAUUAAUUAUAAAAACAAAUUCAUGAUUUGGUUGGUAAAGCACUGAGGAAAUUACACCCAUACUGCUGUUUUCAAUUUAGGCGUCACUACUUCUCCUCAAAAUGUUGUUGAAAGACAACAAAGAGAUGCCUUUCAAGCCACUGGGCAUUGUAAUUUUACUUAUGGGAGUGUUUCAUUUUACUUUACAAUGCAAUCACAAGGUGAUUUAAAAGUUAACGGAAUUCAUUCAUCAGAAAAAUCAAACAUAGUGAAAAUUAACAACGGUCACAUUAUGUAGGCAACACUCAGACCAAAAUACUUAGACACAAAAACUAUAUAUAUAUAUGUUUUACAUAUGAAACUGUUUUGCAGUAUUUCCAUAAUUGUUACAGAAUCAUUGAUGGGUCAUUGUUGGAUACUGUUUUUUCUUUUAAAAGGGUUCAUUGCUGUGCCAGUCACUUUAUGAAGAAUACAUGGGGGCACAAGGGUGCACAUUUAAACCCCUCUUAUAUUAUAUAAAUUUAUAUCGUUAAAUUAUAUAAAUUUUUGGUUUAACCCUUUCACUGAUGCGUGUUAGCUUUGGGUGCGUUGGUUUAGCUUCCCUGGGUCUACCCCGCGGUGCUCGCUCGGGUGAGUCCCUGAUAAGAGCUAAACGAACGACCACUCGCCGCUCUCGUAGUGACGUCAUGCACCUGGGGCCAGCCCCCAAGUGACCCACU